UGCUCAUGCAUCUUUGCCUCCUCUCAUCUUCUCUUCUCGCCUCACACUACGCCAUCAUGCCUCCCCUGUCUCUUGCACCCACUCCACUCUUCUCCCCUCACGCCAGUUCACCCGCAAUAACAUGGCGCACAGCCCUCUCGACCUUCAAGGCAGUCGACGACCGCGUGCGUGGAGGCUCGUCGACCUCGCAGACAAAUCUCACUGCGAGUGGGCAGCUCCUCUUCUCCGGCUUCCUUGAUACCACCACGCUAGGUGGGGCGGGAUUUGCUAGCCAGCAGUAUGGUCAGUCAUUGCCUAUUACGCUGGACAAGGCUGGGUGGCAGGGGUUGGAAGUCAAGGUCUGCUCGCCGCCGCCGUCACAGAAGGGAGGCAAAGAGGGGAACGACCAGCCCGGGGGAGGUAAAGGCCCCGUCACAUCAUAUGUGCUCAAUCUAUACACAACCAUGCCCGUCAAACGCCCCGAUGGGCGCAACGAGUCCUCCACCGUGUACGAGUAUAACUUCAACGUCUCGACCUCGUCGGCGGAGGUAUCGGCCUUCCACCCAGCUUGGUCAGACUUUGAGCCUACGUACCGCGGCAGGCCUCAACCGUCCGCUCCAAAGUUGGAUCCAGAGGAGAUCAAGAUGUGGAGCAUCAUGGCCAGGAGCGACUUUGGGAGUCAAAGUGGGCCUUUUGAGCUUGUAGUGGACUCAAUUUCAGCUGUCAAGAAAGGAGACUCGAAGAAAGCUUCCCUGAUGACGAAGAGAGGUAUCAGUGAGGACGAAGAGGGCAACGAGUGGCUUCGUCCCGCUCGCCUGAAUGGGGCAAAGGGGUUCGCGCUGUAUGCCUUCUCGACUGUGCUCCUCGUUGCUUGGAGCGUUUGGGCUUUGGUGCCGGAAGCGUGGCUCAAGGCUGUAGGGGUGGAUUGGUAUCCGAGCAGGUGAUAGGCGCCUAUUCAGACAUGAGAGGAAAGAAUUGAGAGCUGAUCGAGAUCUCAUCGUGACGCAUGCGCAGGGAAUGGGCUUAUCUGAUCCCCGCUUGGUCCAUGGUCCUCGUCCUCUUCGUCUACGUUGCCUAUAUGGCGUACGGAGUCUACUCGACUCCCGCCUCUGACGACCUUGCUUCGAUGACAG